AGCGUAUUGACGGAAUAGUGUGAGGAGGUUUCCGAAACUAAGUUCGUGCCAUUUGCAACAAGAUACUGUUCUAGAGGAGCUGAAUCAAAGUUUUGUAUUUAUAUUACACCAACUCAGUCUAUGUCGUAUGGAAGCAUAACGCAUUAGCAAUUUAUGAUAUUCUUGGAAGGUAGUGCCGCGUCGAUUUCAAUCGUUGGAUGGAUCCAACGAUAGCCUGGUAUCAACCUGAGCAAAUAGGACCAGCCCAGGAAUUGUGGAGCCGAAUUUGGGAAACGCAGAUGGGAAUUGAAAAUAUGAACCUAAAUAAUUCAAACCCAAACUUGGAAAACAAGGCACCGGAGUAUAUUUCUUUGAACUAUACAAACGUAUUUGACCAGAAACACGGACCAGUGAACAAGCCACAAACUAACAAUUUGCAGUUGAAUAAUGCCUUGGGUAAACGAAAACGAGAAAAUAAAGCAAGUACAUUUGGCUUAAAUCAGAACGUGCACUUGCUAGGUGAUAACUGCAGUUUAACACCUUGGCGAAUUAGAACACAGUACACGCCAGGAGUUGUAGGGUUACAUGAAGAAAUUGAGGAUUUUUACAAGUACAUGUCUCCCCGUCCAGAGGAGCAGCAGAUGAGAGAAGAGGUGGUACAGAGGAUAACAAAUAUCAUUGAAAGCAUAUGGCCUUCUGCUAAGGUUGAAAUAUUUGGCAGCUUCAGAACUGGCCUAUAUCUACCAACCAGUGAUAUUGACUUGGUGGUUAUUGGAGAGUGGGAAAAGUUGCCUUUGUGGACACUAGAGAAAGAAAUUAAAGAUCAUGACAUAGCAUUGCCUGAAACAAUCAAAGUUCUAGACAAGGCAUCCGUCCCAAUCAUUAAGCUGACUGACAAAAAAACUGAAGUAAAGGUUGACAUCAGCUUCAACAUGAACAAUGGUGUUAGGAGUGCUAAGCUUAUCAGGGAAUUCAUUGACAUGUACCCCUCAUUGCCAUACAUGGUGCUUGUGCUGAAGCAGUUCUUGCUGCAGCGUGACCUUAAUGAAGUGUUCACAGGCGGCAUUAGCUCAUAUAGCCUAAUCCUGCUCACCGUCAGCUUCCUGCAGCUUCACCCUCGCUAUGACGCAGCUGAACGCAGCUCAAAUUUGGGAGUGCUACUGAUUGAGUUCUUUGAACUGUAUGGUCGACACUUCAACUACCUGAAGACCGGAAUCCGUAUCAAAGACGGUGGUGCUUACAUCGCGAAAGAUGAAGUGCAGAAGGACAUGGUGGAUGGCUAUAGGCCAUCUCUGCUUUGCAUUGAGGAUCCUCUCACUCCUGGAAACGACAUUGGACGUAGUUCGUAUGGUGCCCUGAAUGUGAAGCAAGCAUUUGAAUAUGCGUACCUGGUGCUCAGUCAUGCAGUGAACCCACAGAACCAACACCUGUUUAGCAAAAACGGCAGCUUGCUGGGACGAAUCGUUCGUAUCACCGAUGAAGUGGUGGAGUACAGGAGCUGGAUAAAACAAUCGUUUCCGGUGAACGCGCAUCUGAGCUCAUCUUUACAGACGUACAUGAGCACCGUGAAUGCUCCAAGCCACGCACCUCAGAAGAGCAACCUUCUCUUGGAUAGCAGUCGGCAAGAGGAGAGUGAGUGCUCGAGUGAUAGCAGCUGUCGGUCGUCAACUAGCUCUAUCGCCAAUUAUUGGAGUUCGAGCAUCGGCAGUGACACCGACUCGGAGAGCACUACAACUGAGAGUGGGCCGAGCCAGCUGUCGCAGGGUACUGCCGAUGCGCGGCGCGCCAGCCUCAAGAGCGACUCGCCAAAGCGCAGGGCAUCCGACGGCAGCAGUGCCAAACAGAGCGGGACCGGCGUGCGAGGCCCUCGCAGCCUCAACUGGCGCGAGCAGACUCCACAGGUGCCCAGCACAUACCAACGCAGCUACAGAUCGUUCAACAACAAACGCAGGAAAAACCAGAGGAGAGACAGCGCCAACACCAGUCGAUAACAGGGAUGGAUACACUGGGAAGGAGGGUGGGGGGCGCAGGGAUGAAACCUCUCAGUGUAUGUAUGUAUAUAUGUGUGUGUAUAUAUCCAUUUGUGUCGAAUGUGACCACAGGAUAUUUUAGCGUUGCCCCGUCAUCUUGGCGUGAGAUGUGCUGCAACUGCUGUGGUCAGUGCUCUCUAAUAACAUGCCAGAGACUUCAAUGCGGGUGCAGCGAUGGUUGAAGUCACGUGGCACAAUGUCAUGUAGCAAUCCCGGUAGACCUGGAUUUCAAUAUAGGAGAUCUUGGGCAACAGUCGUCUGAUACUUCUUGGACAUCGACAGCCGUUUUAAGAUUUGACAGGUGUUAUGUCGUCCAUAUGGAAGACCAUCUUAAUUGAUACUAACUUAGACGUUGAUGCUUUUUCUUGUGGAAAUUGUGCUCGAUUGCAAAUGAAGCGUCGUUUCUCAAGGACCGCUUUUUCGAUGGGAGCCAAAGUAGUUGCCCAGCAUAUCAACAUCUGGUGAUGUCUUCCUCCAUCGUAAAACACCUCAUAAGAUUUUGUCAGCUGCAGGUAUUGUGCGCUUUCAGAUGCUGACUAAAAACAUGCACUUUUGAGUUACAUAGUGUGGCAGUAUGGUGUAUUGCAUAGAAUGUUGUUGAUAUCGUAAAUAUUAUAGAAAUUCUUUAAUGGUGGUGGGUGCAAAUCAGUAAUCAUAUUUUCAUCUCGACGUGAACAUUCAAAAUCCAUGUAACAUUCACAGUACUGUGUAUAUGUAUGUUUGUAUCAUUUUUAUCUUUUGGCAUUUAGUGAGAUGACACAGACUUACAGGAUAUUUGUAUCAUACAGAGGAACGUAAGGUUGCAUUUUAGUGCUAUGCCGGCUGUUUUAUAGAGUGUAUGUUUGUUGUAUGUGGAUGAUUAUUAAGAUGUUAGAGUAACUGAAGGUUUGUGUGUGUGCAAACGUUGGAGUGUGAUGUUAGAUCUGUGAGUGAUUGGUCUGGAGAGUGUCCUGGGCCUGAUCGAGUUCUACUUGAUAAACAAUUGCUUGUUAUUAAUGUAAACUGUACAUGGACCACGCAGAUAUAGCGCAUUUAAAUGCUCAUUUAUUCAUUGUUGACUUAUUAAGCCCCAAAUCUGUGGUACAUAUUCGCACAUAUAUAACGCAAAACUGUGCAAUUAAAUUAUAAUUGGGUGAUGAUGGCCCUAUUGUUGAUGUGAUGGAUCAGUCUUUACAUUGCCAAAGCUUUGUGUAUGCGGGACAGUGAAUUAAGUUAUGGUCUUAGUCUAUAUGUAACUCGUUAGGAGGUGUUUAGUUUAAUGUUCAUAUCAUCAUUGCAUGAGCUAAGACAGCACUAAACUGAGAACGAGUGAUUUAGGCUUCCACGCGUGCAUUAGGAAAAUAGCAGCUUCAGACAACGAGUCAAUUAUUUAACUAUUGCUACCCCUACCGCAUCCGGUGCGUUCUCUUAUCAUCUAUUGUUUUUCUUUUAACUAAGAGCAUUCCUGAUUGCCCGUCUCUUCCACCGGGACUUGCUUGUAGAUUCACCGUUUUAUAUACAAUAUACGUUUCAAAGAAGCUUGGUGCGAUUAGUCCUUGAUGAUGAUACACCUGUGCGUGUAAAGGAUAGCAUUAUUUUUAAUUUAACCAGUCCACAACUUGCACAUAACGACGCAAAUCUGUAUGUGGCUGCAAUCAUGAACGUGUCUGUACCUGUAUAGAUGUGCUCGUUCUACAGUACCUGGAAAGACCUACUCACAUGUUUCAUUAGCAAUCAAAUGCGUGCAACCCUUUGCUGUAGUAAUAAGUAUUUGCACACAGUGUGCAUUAAGCAGUGCUAGCCAGCUCGAGCGGAUUAUAGUGAAAAGUAACUUGUGCGUCCGGUACUUAUUCUUUAAAGAUGGUUCAAGCAGGCCAUGUGCAAAAUCGGUAUCCUGCUUUUAGUUGUCUAGAGUGUGAUGUAGCAAGGCAUAAUUUAAUUUAGAUUAGAUACCGGUUAGCAUUGUAAUCUAUGAAUUUUUUAUUUCAAAUUUGUUUCGCUAUUUUUCAUACCUGCCCUAAAAGAUUGCUCCAAAUGCUAUAGUGCUAAUGGAAAAGGGUUCGGGGGGGGGGGAUUUGGUAGUUUUCACUCGAUUCAGAUUGUUCAUUAGCGUAACUACUGCGAUGUAUGUGAAUCUGAUUACAGUAAAGUCGUAGUUGAAAUUCAUAUUACUAUAGGUAAACUGUUUACUUUAUAAUAUCAUUUUUAAUGUGGACCAUAGAUAGCGUAGGCAGACCGAGUAUCUAGAUAUUGAGAUUUAUUGUUCGAGAGUUAUAGACUCCUACCCUCUCAUACCAAGAAUAUCUGGAGCACAGAAUAUACAGUGAAACAUUA